AUGUGGCCUAAAGGACCAUUUAGUCGAUCGCGACGGCCGGUUGGCAACAACCCCACACUGGAUGAUAUGACGAACGUCUCGGCUUCUGCGGAUCCCUCGCUGGUCAACAAGUACUCGUACGCAAAGGACCUGCCCGCCUUGCCAAGCGCGUCAAGUUCCUCGUUGCCCCAACAGUCCGCAACAACCCUGCCACUCCCGCAGGGUGGUCUUGACGACAAGAGACACUCCGCCGUCUCCCCAACAGACGUGAUAGUGAAAGCAGCUUCUGCGUCUCGCCGAUCAACGAGACGGAUCAACCUAUUCAACAUAACCGCAAUAACUCUCGGACCUCUGUCAAUGCGCCGCUCCCCCCAACUCGAUGCUUCCCCCUUGGCUCCGGAACCCGCACAGCCUAUGCCAAAGGCUGUGCAAUUCGCGACUCACGAAGAUCAAAUCCAACCUGUGCGCUGGGACGAUUACUUAGGAGAACCGACCGACAGCAACAAUGGCAAAACAAGUCAGGUGAACCCGCGUAACACUACUUUUCACAAGCCCUCCGGAUCACACGCAUCCAAUUUCCUCCACGGGGUUCGAGAGCAACUCCAAACCAAGAAAAAGCUCGCACAGGCUCGCAACCGGAUCAGCAGUUUUUCCAAAAACGAACCUCCUACGCAGAAGGACGCGCGAGGCAGAUCAUCGUCACGCGUGCUCCCUUUAUCAGAGCAUUCCGGUAACCACUCUGGCACGAGAGACGCAAGUCCCCAAUUAAGCAAUGCGCUGGGAUUCAUGCCGACCACCGUAACGACGAUCACUGGUGGUGGUCCCCCCAAAACGUUGCCAGAGAGACCAGCCACGGAGUAUGCCCACUCGAGCAAAUCCCGAGCAUAUCCGGAACAAUCCGAGCAGUUAGAGCAACGAAAUCGAGACGAAAGUAGUUUUGUCGACACCAUACCCGAGAAUAUGAUGAGGCCAGCCAGCCGUGGCGCCAGAAUUCAGCCCACCAUGAAUACUUACGGUCCAAACGACAGCCCGGGUGAUAGCCCGCGCGAAAGCUUUCAGCUCGACCCAAAGUCUACGGAUGACGUUCCGAUUAUGUCUAGACGACGACCAGUCCCUAUCAAUAUUCCAGGCAUGCCGGUCUCUAAAAAGCCUGUACGGAAACCCACUCCCUCGGAGGUAACCCAGGAGCCGACAUUGACUGUUCAGAAUCCGAUGAAGGAUGAGCCGAAGGAUGCAGUGGGCCGGAUCGAGUCUCUGGAGGCCAAACGGGAUGAACUCGCGAAACGCAGACACAACCUGGAAACUGUCAUCCAUGAGUUAACCCGGGUGAUCCAGCCCGGUUCCUUUGUAUAUGACGUGGCCGCGAAGGCCGAAGUGAAGAAGAGUGUGCAAAGCAUCGAGAAUGAGAUUGCGGAAAUCAAGCGCGAGGAGCACGAGCUUGGCUUGAAGGUCGCGCGAGCGUGGAGACGGUUGGAUGAGAAGGAGAAUAAUGGUGAUGGCAGUAAUCUUUGGAUCAAGCGCGUCACGAGUUGA